AUGGGGCUCUUGUCGAUCACCAAUCUGUUUGGCCUAGGCUUCGCCUACGUCGCCUUCAAGGCCAUCUCGCAGAUUGUCUACUACCGCUUCUUCCACCCUCUGGCGCAGUUCCCCGGGCCGUUCUGGGGCAGUGUCACGAGGUUGUGGCUGACAUACCACAAUGUCAAGGCGGACGAGUGUGAGACUGUACAGGCUCUGCACAAGAAACAUGGCCCCGUGAUCCGCAUCACGCCCACGAUGCUGCUGGUCAGUGACGCGACCAAGCUGCCAGACAUCUACAGCCGGUACGCGGACAAGGCCAAGCACUACAUCACGGGCUCGUUUGGCAAGACCGAGUCGCUGUUCAACAUGCAGGACCACAAGGUGCACACGCACUUCCGCAAGAUCGCGGCGGCGCCCUACAGCUACUCGAACAUCAAGAAGAUGGAGCCGCUCGUGGACGCCAACAUCAACCGGUGGCUGGACAAGAUGGACGAGCAGUUUGCGCAGACGGGCCGGGAGCUCGACUUUGCGCCCUGGGCCGUGUACAUGGCGUACGACAUCAUCUCGGAGAUUGGCUUUGGCGCGCCGUUUGGCUUCAUCGAGCAGGGCAGCGACGUGGGCGGGCUGAUCCAGGGCUUCCACGACGGCCUGGUGCCCUUUGGCGUCAUGGCCCGCCUGUACCCCUUCACCAACUGGGUCAAGGGCACGAGCUUUGGGGAGAAGAACCUCGUGGCCACGCCCGAGCAGCAGAACGGCAUCGGCGCCCUCAUGCGCUUCCGCGACAAGCUGCUCGAGCAGCGCUUCCGGGACAUUGAGGAGGGCAAGGCCGGCGGGCGCGUGGACCUGCUGCAGACCUUCAUCGACGCGCGCGACGAGGACGGCAAGCCCCUCGACACCGAGUACAUCAAGGCCGAGAUCCUGCUGGUCCUGCUGGCGGGCGCCGACACGACGGGCACGGCCUUCCAGGCGCUCAUCCGCAACGUGCUGUCGCGGCCGGACGUCUACGACAAGAUGAUGGCCGAGAUCACGACGGCCUCGGCCGAGGGCAAGAUCGCAAAGACCCCCGGCGAGCUGCCGCAGUACGAGGACGUCGUCGCCUCGUGCCCUUACUACGUCGCCUGCGUCAAGGAGACGAUGCGCCUGAACCCGUCGGCCCCCAACAUCUUCCCGCGCCUCGCGCCCAAGGGCGGCCUCGAGCUCUUUGGCAAGUUCGUCCCCGAGGGCAGCGAGCUCACCUGCAACCCCUGGCUCGUGCACCGGGACAGGAACAUCUACGGCGACGACGCCGAGGAGUUCCGCCCGGAGCGCUGGCUCGAGGACCCGGAAAAGGCCAAGCUCUUCAACAAGUAUAGCAUGGUCUUUGGCUACGGCCCGCGCGUCUGCCUCGGCCGCGAGAUUGCCAACAUGGAGCUCUUCAAGGCGCCCCUCCAGUUCUUCCGCACCUUCAAGCCCUCCGUCGCGCCCGGCGCCGCCAAGACCGACGACGGCAUGGUGGGCAAGUACGUAUACAAGGGCGGCGUCAGCUACUUUGAGGAUAUCUGGAUCAAUAUCGAGAAGAGGGCUUGA